AUGAAUCUCCUCCUGCUGCUGCUGCUUGCACUAGUACUGACAAGCACCAAUGGCUUUACGAACACAGUCGUCUCCACAGAGACUGCUUCUCUGAGCAGAACGAGAAUCUUUUAUCAAAACGAAGACUCGGCUGUACAACAACACGUAGUAACAGCACCCGCAACGGUCGUCUCUCCUUCCGCUCCCAUCAAGAAACCGACCAUCUAUCCCCUCUCCACUCUGCAAGAGCUAUACGACUUUCUAAACGAAGAUCAGCGACUUACCGCAGUCAAAUACUACGCUCCAUGGUGCAAAAAAUGCCAACGCGUCGGCUUACACUACAAGAAACUAGCGUACGACUAUGGCGAUGGCGUCGUGGCACGCCGUGCCGUCGAUGGCCCCAUUCGGUGUGCCGAAAUGGAAUAUUCCGAUGUGACGGCGCAUGUCAUGGAUGCCCUUCAAAUUGAAGCCGUUCCGACCCUCCAACUUUACCGCGGCACCAAACGAAUAUGGGAGUCGGGCACAUCACGCGUACAAGAACUCACCAAGCAAGUGGAACUCUUGUUACAAUUGCAACCUCAUGAAUUGGACGAAUUUGUAGAGCGUUGUUCUUUGGACGAUGCGGGGAUUCUAGAACAAGCAUACGAAGAUUCCUUUUUUGACAAUGGGUACUGCUACGACUGGGAAGAUGAAGCAGCGUGUGUCUAG